AUGCAGUCGGGAAUUCAAGUCUCCCCCGACCUCCACGAUGCCUUCACCUCUUUCUCCUCCGACCCCUCCAUCUUCUGCCUCCCCGUCACAAUCAGCGGAGAAAGCCUGACUCCCUUGCCUACUAUCUCCUUCUCCGCCUCGGACGAUUUCUACCAAUCCCUCCCCCAACUCUCGUCCGUCCUCCAGCCCAAAACCCCCAUCUACCUCCUCCUUCGCCGCCCCCAGUCCGGCUCCUCCACUUUCUCCGCCCUCACGUAUAUUCCGUCCAAUGCGCCUGUUCGCUCCAAGACCCUCUUCGCCUCGACCCGGGCUACGUUAGUGCGGGAAUUGGGCAGUGAGAAGUUCGACGGGACGAUCUUUGCAACCGAGGAGAAUGAGAUUCUCGGUGAGGCUGCAUGGCGGGAGAGAGAUGCCGAGAAGAAUGGCUCGGUUGGGCCCGGGGGUGUUCGGAGAGAAGAUAUUAUGGGUGAGAAGGAGAGGGAGUUGGAGUAUGUGAGAAGGGCUGAAGAGGAAGCCAGGAUUGGAACCCCCGGGAGAGAUAUUGGUAUUGGUGGUUCGUUUGCUAGAGGUGGAGGUCGCGGACCUUUUGGUUCCGGGAGUGGUGCUGGCAUUGGUAUUCAAAUGCCCGUGGAAGAGGAUGCAAAGGCUGCUCUUUCCGGACUGCAGGCGGGUGGACUGGUGCAACUGGCCAUUGACAUCCCAACGGAGACAUUGAAACUCGCUGCUUCGGAAUCAGGCAUUGAUGCAGACUCCGUUCAGUCUCACAUCCCCCCGUCCGCGCCUCGGUACACUUUCUAUCACUACCCCGACUCGGAUGUGGUCAUCUUCAUCUAUACCUGCCCGUCGGGUUCGUCGAUCAAGGAACGCAUGCUGUACGCCAGUUCUCGGAAUAAUGCCCUCGGUGUUUCCGAGGAGCAGGGACUCAAGAUUCUCAAAAAGAUCGAAGCAUCUUCGCCAGACGAAAUCUCUGGAGAAAGACUGCAGGAAGAGGUCAGCCCAUCUCAGGACCAAGGGCCGCGACGGGGAUUCGCCAGACCUAAGCGACCUGGAAGGUAA